GGCAGCAGUGGCGAUGCUGGGCUGGCGGCACCCGGGCCAGAAGCUGCUGCGGGCUUUGAAGUAUACAAGCCGUGGCUAUGCAUCACAGCGUACUUUAAAUGAGGUGGUGAUAGCAAGUGCUGUAAGGACACCAAUUGGAUCUUUCCAAGGAUCUCUUUCGUCAUUGCCUGCCGCUAAACUUGGUUCCAUUGCAAUUAAGGGAGCAAUUGAAAGAGCAGGUAUUCCUGCAGAAGAAGUGAAGGAAGCAUACAUGGGUAAUGUGUUGCAGGCUGGACAAGGACAAGCUCCAGCAAGACAAGCAGUCUUGGGAGCAGGUCUACCAAUUGGCACUCCUUCUACAACUGUCAAUAAAGUCUGUGCUUCAGGAAUGAAAUCGAUCAUGUUGGCAGCACAAAGCUUGAUGUGUGGGAGUCAGGAUGUAAUGGUUGCUGGUGGAAUGGAGAGCAUGUCCAAUGUUCCCUAUACGAUGAGCAGGGGAUCAACACCUUAUGGAGGAGUAAAGCUGGAAGACCUUAUAGUAAAAGAUGGGCUGACAGAUGCUUAUAACCAUAUCCAUAUGGGCAACUGUGCAGAGAACACUGCAAAGAAGUUGACAAUUUCACGAGAGGAACAAGACACUUACGCCAUAGGCUCUUACACUAAGAGCAAAACAGCCUGGGAUUCAGGAAUAUUGAAAAAUGAAAUAGUUCCUGUCACUAUUUCACAAAAAGGAAAGCCAGACAUGGAAGUGAAAGAAGAUGAAGAAUACAAACGUGUUGAUUUUAGUAAAGUUCCAAAGCUGAAAACUGUCUUCCAAAAAGAAAAUGGAACAGUUACAGCUGCUAAUGCCAGCACUUUGAAUGAUGGAGCAGCUGCUCUGGUGCUGAUGACUGUAGAGGCAGCCAAGAGACUGAAAGUCAAGCCAUUGGCACGGAUAGUGGCUUUUGCAGAUGCUGCUGUUGAUCCCAUUGACUUCCCAAUUGCACCUGCAUAUGCUGUUCCCAAGAUUCUAAGUGAGACAGGGCUGAAGAAAGAAGAUAUUGCAAUGUGGGAAAUCAAUGAAGCUUUCAGCGUUGUGGUGCUGGCCAACAUUAAAAUGCUGGGUAUUGAUCCACAGAAAGUAAAUAUGAAUGGAGGUGCUGUCUCUCUUGGACAUCCAAUAGGAAUGUCUGGAGCAAGAAUUGUUGUUCACAUGGCCCAUGCAUUGAAACAAGGACAAUAUGGUCUUGCAGGAAUUUGCAAUGGAGGAGGAGGUGCUUCUGCAAUACUGAUAGAGAAGCUGUAGGCUUAAAGAGCAUUGAAAACAAAGCCUUGAAGCCUCAGAUCAGAAUGUUAAGUGGUAUAUCUUAUUUUUCAAUAAAUGGAUGGAUGCCAUUGAUUAUUGACACAGACAACUGGGCUUUUAUUACUUUUGACUCAGUGCAAGUUUUUUACAGUGCCAAUAGAAAGUGUACAAGUUAUGGUUAUCAAGUUAUGGUAAUAUCCUGACACCUGACAAUAAUGAAUGUUUGUUAGCUACAUCUAUGAAUGUUUGUUAGCUACAUCUCCUCUGUCACUGAUGUACGGUUUCACAAAUGCCCCUGAAAACUAAUUCUCUUGGCAACUCAUGUAGAGCUUCUACUAGAAGUAGCUAGUUUCUUGCAGUUUUGUUGCUUAAUUUUCCUGAAUGCUAAGUGAUUUUUCUGUAGAGAAACAGCCUUGGAAUUAAACUAUUUUUCCCAUGGUGUGUGCAUCACACCCCAGUUAAAUGCAAAGGGGCCCUUGCUUGGGGCAAGUAUUCAAGCAAACUAGGAGAAAUAGGGUUGUACCUUAAACAUGCAAGUACUAAUAAAGCAUCAAUGUGCUACUAACAGUUUAGGGUUGGUUUGUUUUUCAUUUAAACCUCUGUGCUACAGUUUCAUAAACAUGCUAUUAAGCAGAGUACAAUUACUGUUGCUGCUUGUCCAUUAGGGAAUGCCCAAUACCUGGCUGCACCCUUGUACUCCCAAACACUACGGUGAAUUCAGGGUCAAGCGAUUCUGUUGUGGGUAGGGGAAGACAGGAGAAUGCUUCUUUGCAAUUAACCUUGUUCAAGAUUUCAGUAAGCAGCUUAGUAAAAAGCCUACUGAAGAAAUUGCAAAGAGGUCAUUUCACCACUGUAAAGCCUAUUCCCGUAUUGCCUUUAUCACAAAGGAUGAAUGUCAAACACUUAAGUUUUAGCUGGACUUUAGGACAACUGCUUGCUUAUUUUGACGUUAAUUGCAACAGGAAAUCAUCUCUACCCACUGAUUAUCACCACAUUUUCCUCCAUA